AUGAACAUCUCCAGUGAGAUCUCCCCCACUGAUGAAUCAAAUUCUUCGGAUUACUUAUUUUUCAAUGACACAGAGGUGGGAACUCAAAUCUCAGUGGUUUACAUCAUCAGCGUGCUGCUGGGUUUUCCUACCAACUCCUAUGUGAUAUGGCUUAUUGUAACAGGAACAGGGAAUGGACUUGCUGCAGAGUUCUUCAGUCUCAACCUCUCAGUCUGUGAGAUCCUUUUAUGUCUGAACUCUUUCUUGCAUCUUCUCCCUGAAAAAGGUCCAAAUCUGAUUUAUGUUAUUUUAGUUACACAAGGACUGGGCAACACUGGUCGUCUUCUGUUUCAGUGUGUGAUCUGUUUUGAGCGUUAUUUGGCAGUGAUUCGUCCUGUAACAUUUCUGAAGUUCAAACCCCUCAGAUACAGAGUGAUCUGUUCUGUUAUUGUCUGGGUGGCAACUUUUGGCUGCUGUGUGGUCAUUUUUGUGCUUUUCAUCUCAUUCCGCAAUUUGUUCCUUGGUUUCAUCUUGGCAGUGUUCAUCCCUAUCCUCUCCAUUCAGUUGUUUUGCCUUUCAGCUGUUCUCAGAGCUCUGAAGAAGUCAGCACCAGGAGAGAGGGGGAGAGAGAGAGAAGAGAAAAAACACAUGAAGAGAAGAGCAUUUUAUAUCAUUCUAAUAAUCACUGUGACCAUGGUUAUCAUAUAUGCUCCAUUUGUUAUUUCCUUACUCCUCUUUUGGAAUUCAACAGAAAAUACUGGUGUGGUCAUUUAUUGGCUCGCCAAGGUUUACAAUACUGCAGCUUCCCAUGUGGUCCCAGUCGCUACUGCUCUGGAGAUCCCAGAGGUCCCUGCUCUGGUCGUCCCAGAGGUCCCUCUGCUCCCUGCUCCUGUGAUCCCGGAGGUCCCUCCUACAGAGGCUCCUCUGUUCCUUUCACCUGAGUCUCAUGCUGCUUUGCCCUCUAGAGAGCUCCCUUUUUGUUUGCCCUUGACCUUGCAUGAGUCCCCAGCUGCCAUGCCAGGGCCCUCGCUUGAGUCACCUGCUUUGCCAUUGCCCUUGCCUGAAUCCCCUACUUUUCCAUGGCUUUCCCAAAUCCCCUGCCUUGCCAUUGCCCUACUGGUCUCCAGCCUGCCUGCCAGCACUCCCAUUGUCUCCUGUAAGCCCAUUGGCACUCCUGUGGCCUCCAGCCUGCCUGCCCACCUGUGCCUCUAUUUCCCCUUGUGGUCUCUGCUCUCUCUUGAUCCCCUGUGA